AUGGCGUUUGCUGGGACAAAUGUCAGUUUGUCCCAGCCGGAUAUAACGCAAAAACUGACGGAGCGCAUAGAUGAUCUGAAGCAGAGAAUCGCUGCUUGGGGAAAGCGGAUUCGGCGAUAUACCGAGAGGUCGACACGGUUCAACCAGAAUCGUCUCUUCCAGAGUGAUCAGAAGAGGCUUUAUGAAUCAUUGGAGCGACCAAUGGUAAGUGGAACGGGUCCAGCACCGAAUCAGGCCGACACUGUAGCAUUCUGGCGCGGCCUGUGGUCAGAGCCCGUAAACCACAGCGAGGGCCCUUGGACGGAAGUUGUGGCGAGUCAGUGUGCGGGUAUUACGCCCAUGGACCCCGUCAUCAUAACGCCGGAUGACGUAGCUGAGGCGGUCCGUAGGGCCCCGAACUGGAAAAGUCCGGGGCUUGACGGGCUGCAUCACUACUGGCUGAAGGGGUUCAUGGUGUGUCACUCUGUGCUUGCCCGACAGUUUCAAGAGGCUCUCAACCAGAAGUCGCUCCCAAGCCUCUUCACUACUGGGAUCACUCAUUUGGUUCCUAAGGACCAGGACGAAGGGAGUCAAAAAGAAGAACGUUUAGAAAGGAAGUUGAACAAAUAUAAGAAAAAAUAUGAACGUUGUAAAAGACGUAAAGACGAACAUUCAAAAGAGAAUAGAAACGAAAAUGAUGUUGGCGAUAUUGUGGAAAGUAUUGAAUCAGAAGAGGAGAUUAUUCUGGAAAAUAUCGAACCAGAGGAGGAGGAGGAGGUAGAAAUUAUGGAAGUUAAAGAAGAACAUUUAGAAGAGGAUAUUAUAGAAGCCAUGGGUCCUCCGAUUAGUACUGAAUCUUCAUAUGGUCAACCAAUACAUUUAUAA